CAAAUGCAGACACCAAAAACAAGCACAAAGAGCUCCUCUGGCUCUGAAGGUGUACGGAGGAUCUCUCCUCGCUCUGUUUCUUCGGAUACUACUGUACCAAGGAGCUCCGCUCGAGCCGUUCGCCAACUCAAGACUAGUGGUCUUGAACCCAGCUCUUCUGCAAUUAGAGCACCAAAAAUCACAAGUCCGAGAAUCAUAUCAUCAAGAGCCACUCUUCCUGAGCUGCAGAAGAAACGUGUGGGAAGAGUUGCUGAACUCGAAAGUCAAGUUACUCAACUCGAGGAAGCUUUAAGAACGGUGAAGGAUCAACUAAUUGUUUCCGAAUCAUGGAAAAAACAGGCAAAACUAGACGCGGAAGAGUCCAGAAAGGAGCUUUUAGACAUGUCUUUAAAGCUGGAAGAGUCUCGAAAGCUCUUGGCUCAGUCUUCUCUCGAUGAACAUGAUCCUAAAGCUGUUGGCUUAGCCGAUUCAGCUGCAUUGGCUGCUGCCUUUGUUGAGAUUGACCAACUAAAAGACAAACUUGAUACCAUAACGGAAUCCGAAGCAACACAAACCAAGCAAUCCGAAUCAGCAUACGUGGAGAUACAUAUCUUGAAAGAGAACAUGGCCAAGACGCUUUUGCUCAUGGAGGAUAUGAAGAGCCAACUUGAAGAUUGCAAAAUUUCAGAAUCUCAGGCCCAGGCCUUGGCAAGUGAAACAUUACUACAACUUGAAACAGCAAAAAAGACCAUGGAAUCCUUCAAGUUAACCAGCGGUGAAUACAAUGCCAUCCUUUUGGAGUUAGACCAAUCAAGGGCACGUAUACGUUCCUUGGAAGGGAUUAUCAAGAAAAUGAAGACAAAAGAUCAAGAAAAACAAUCUAGCCGUACAUUGGACAUCACUGCUGAAUUGAAGAGGUCAAAAGCAGAUAUUCAGGAAUUGAAGGCUAAUCUGAUGGAUAAAGAGACUGAAUUGCAAUGUAUCCUUGAGGAGAAUGAGGAUUUGAAGGUGAAAUUGGCGGACUUGAUGUUGGGUGAACAAGAAAACGAUCUGGAAAAUGAUUCAAAACAAGAUUUCAACAGAUUGAAGUCACAGUUGACGAAUCUGGAGACAGAAUUACGUGAAAAGUUGGAUGAAAACGAGAAGCUGAAACUGGAAAUCAUGGACACGAAAGGUUUGACGAGUUUGGAAAAAGAAUUACGCAAAAAGUUGGAUGAAAACGAGAAGCUCAAACUGGAGUCCAAGAACAUAAACAGUGUCAUAGAGGUUUCAAAACAAGAUUUCAACAGUUUAAAGUUGAAGUUACAGAAUCUGGAGAUGGAAUUACGCGAAAAGUCAGAUGACAAUGAGAAGCUCAAACUGGAAAUCAAGAAAAUGAAGAGUAACAAUGAAGUUGCAGAAGUAACCGAGCAACUAGAGGCAGUGAAGAUGACUAACUAUGAAACAGAAGAAGAGCUGAAAAGGCUGAAAGUGCAGAUGGGUCAAUGGCGGAAGGCGGCUGAGGUGGCUACCGCCAUGCUCUGUGACGAGAACAGCGAUAACAAUGGCAGGAUGUUGAUGGAAAGAUCAUGUUCAAUGGGUCAUUACAACAUAAGUUCACCUUGUAGUCUGGAGAUCGAUGAUGAUGAUGAUGAUGAAGAUGAAGAAGAAGAAGAUGAUGAGUUUUCAAAGCGGAAAAACGGUAAUAUGCUUAAAAGGAUUGGGGUUUUGUGGAAGAAGCCACGAAACAAAUGAUCAAUGCAGAUACUAGUUCGAAAUUUCGCUUGAAAAUUUUCUGGUUAGUAAUUUCUUGUGAUUUUUGCGGACAAACUACUUGCUUCAUUAUAAAAUAUUUUUUCUAUUCCGUUAACU